UUUGCCCAAGCGUAUGAUGUGCAAUCAUAGAAUUAAAAAUAGGUCUAUUCAUACAUGAUCAAUAUGUGAACAUCUAUUGUGAACAUCUGUUUUCGGAUUUGUGCAAUAUUUAGUUUUUUUUUUCAUCGCCGAUAAUAGAAAGCACUACAUACAUGUUUAGUACAAUCAGGAUCCGGAUACCGGGGAGAAGAGAAGCUGUCGAGUCCAUCUACACUAAAUAACCGGCGGUAGCCCCCUUUCGCCCCCUCGGCCCGAUUCUUCCCGCUGUCAGCAGCUUCGGAGGGAUCGGCGGCGUGCGAUUGUAGUUGGGUCUGGCAUCCUUCUCAUGUCUCCGCCUGAGAGGAAUAUAAAGUGCUUCUCUCCGGUGAUGUGCCAGUGUAAGGUCGUCUGUAGUAACCGGACCCUGUCGCUCAUGUUCGGCUGCAAGAAAUACAGGUAUCAGGAUGAGGAGACCCCCCCAAUGGAGCAGAGCCCGGCCCAUCUAGUCCCGGGGAAGAGCAGCGAGCUGAUGCACCUGAGCAACAAAAGCCUGGCACCCAUGGAUGGCAUGCAUGGAUACGCCCCCCACACGCACCUCUCUCCCAUAAAGCCAGUGUUGCUGUCGACUGGCCACACCCCUGUCUACACCUCCGCAGCAUCAACGCUGGCCCACACUACUCCUCUGGUUGUUAACACUGAAACACUUGAUGGCUCUCCCUACGUGAAUGGGACGGAUGGAGAAGUGGAGUACGAGGAAAUCACUCUGGAAAGGGGUAACUCAGGUCUGGGCUUCAGCAUUGCAGGGGGGACAGACAACCCCCACAUCGGUGAUGACUGCAGCAUCUUCAUCACCAAGAUCAUCCCAGGAGGGGCAGCUGCACAGGACGGCAGACUCAGGGUGAACGACAGCAUCCUGUUCGUCAACGAGGUGGACGUGCGGGAGGUGACGCACAGCCAGGCCGUGGAGGCCCUCAAGGAAGCUGGUGCCAUCGUCAGGCUCUACGUGAUGCGCAGGAAGCCGCCGGCGGAGAAGAUCACAGAGAUCAAACUCAUCAAGGGCCCGAAAGGCCUGGGCUUCAGUAUAGCAGGGGGAGUGGGCAACCAGCACGUCCCUGGAGACAACAGCAUCUAUGUUACCAAGAUCAUCGAGGGCGGGGCCGCUCACAAAGAUGGCCGGCUGCAGAUCGGCGACAAGAUACUGUCUGUGAACAACGUGUGCCUGGAGGAUGUCAUGCACGAGGACGCGGUGGCCGCCCUGAAGAACACGGCAGAGGUGGUCUACCUGAGGGUGGCCAAGACCAGCAGCCAGUACCCCAUAGAGACCUACAACCCCCCUGACAUCACAAGCUCCUACUCUCCGCAUCUGGAUGCAGAUAUGGGCCAUCCAAACUACCUUGUCUCGGAAUACCCACAAGCCCUCACUCCCUCAUCUCCGCGGAGAUACUCCCCCAUUCCCAAGGGCAUGCUCGGAGAUGACGACCUACCCAGGGAGCCCAGACGAGUGGUCAUCCACCGAGGCUCCACGGGGCUCGGCUUCAACAUCGUGGGCGGGGAGGAUGGCGAAGGAAUCUUCAUCUCCUUCAUCCUGGCGGGGGGGCCGGCGGACCUGAGCGGGGAGCUGCGCAAGGGGGACCAGAUUCUGAGUGUGAACGGGGUGGACCUUCGGCACGCCACCCAUGAACAAGCAGCCGCGGCGCUGAAGAAUGCGGGCCAGACCGUCACCAUCAUAGCCCAGUACAGACCAGAAGAGUAUAGCCGGUUCGAGGCAAAGAUCCAUGACCUGCGGGAGCAGCUGAUGAACAGCAGCUUGGGAUCUGGAACCACGUCUUUAAGGGGCCUCCCUAAAAGGAGCUUCUACAUCAGGCAGGUGGCCGAGCAGGUGGGCGGAGCUGGAGGUGGACAGCAGGGGAAGCACUGCAUCCUAGACGUGUCGGCCAACGCCGUGCGCAGACUGCAGGCCGCCCAACUUCACCCCAUCGCCAUCUUCAUUCGGCCCAAGUCGCUGGAGAACAUCCUAGACAUAAACAAGCGCCUGACUGAGGACCAGGCUCGUAAAGCCCUGGACAGAGCCAUUAAACUAGAACAGGACUUUGUUGAGUGUUUCUCAGCUAUUGUGGAAGGUGACAGCUUCGAGGAGAUCUAUCACAAAAUCAAGGGCGUGAUCGAAGAACAGUCCGGGCCUUACAUCUGGAUCCCGGGGAGGGAGAGACUCUGAGAUGCUCAUUCGCCCAUCUGUCCUCCAGUCUCCUCCUCCUUCUAUCUCAUUGGCUGUUUCUAUGGCUACUGUAGACCCCUCAUUUGUGGGUGUUUCCAUUUGAAACAAGGACUAACAAGAGUUCAAUGCACAACGUGAAGUUCAAACGGAGCUUCAGCCUCCCCUACUCUUCCACGCUCCCUCCUCUCCUUUAUCCUCAUCCCUUCUUCCUCUGUCUGUAAGAAGGAGAGAUAGAAAGAGAGAGAAAGCAAAAUGUGUCUCUGCUGGAAAACGGACAGAAUUCAAAAACGGCGAUCAGUAGGUGCAGCAGUUUCACCGAACGUAGAAGCGUAAAUAAUAAUAGCUUGUCUAAUAAAACGCCAAACCAAACACUGCUGGCUGUUUCCCUGAAAUAAAUGUCAUUCGCUUCCGCUCUGAGGGACACAGAUUUGACGGACCAAACAUGGUGUAAAAUCAACCCCCACGUUAGCUCUCCUGUGCAUGUGUAUUUAACGACAUAAAGUGGGUGUUGAUGGGAACAGGGAAGGCAGAGGAGGACAGCGCUGGAGAGGAGAGAUAAAGGACGGGGGAAGGGUUAGGAAGAACAGGUGCUGCUUAGUCUAGCUGCUCUAUCUGCGGAGGUUUGAAGCGGUUCGAGAGACAGUGAGGCUUGGGACACUUGGCUGACCACUAGGGGCGCUAACCCCUCUACAGCCUUGUUUUUCAUAACCAGCACACAAAAGAGCACCUCUCUCUUUUUUCAUCUGUCCAUUUCUCAGCCCAGAACGGCACUUUCUCUCUCCGUCUGUCUCUUAAGGCCUUUCUCAAAGACAAAUGCGACAUGUAACAGAUUUAGACUAAAAUACAAAUGUGUAAAUUAAAUCUAUAUUUUUAAGGAACAGACAAAUUAUAACAGGUGUUUGAAUCUUGUACAGCAACAUAUCUUAACACAGUUUUCAUUUAAAUAGAUUCAAUUCAAUUUG